AUGCAUCUUCUUGUUCUGCUUCUUUCAGCUGCCUUUCUCAACCAAGCUUAUGCAGCAAGGCUUGGUCCGGAGCUUGACGCACAAGUCCCCGCGACUAACUUUGCUUUUGGAGCUUUCAACUAUCAAAGUUGCAGCUCCUCCAGCAACCUAAUAUGCACCGGCUCUGUUAGGGCCGCUGAUGGUUUCUUAAUGCUUACGCCGGAGCCUACGCUAUUACCUGAAGGCUCAACUAGGAACCUGGUUGGAAGGGUUCUAUACCGUGAACCGGUGGCUGCUUGGCCAGCAUUUGUCUCUACCACCUUCACAGUCAGAAUUGUCGGAGCCCCCAAUUCACCUGCAGGAGAUGGAAUGACAUUUAUUUUUGCUCCAGAUAAUAGUUCUUCACCAGCUGGCUUCAAUCUUGGAAUCGUUCCAGAUUCAGAUGGAGCUAGCGAUAUUCGUCAAUUAGUAGUGGAGCUGGAUACUUACAAGAACGAUUUUGACAUGGAUGGGAAUCACAUCGCCGUCGAGACAACAAGAGUAGACAAACCACUAAUAGCUGCGACUCUCAACGGCAGUGGAAUUGACCUUAAAAGUGGGAAGGACAUCACAUUUAAAAUCGAUUAUAACAGCUGGACGAAAUGGCUUGAAGUACAUGCAGCAUAUGAUUCAAACCCACUUGUGAAGAUUCUUUCCCUGCAAAUUGACAUCGCAGCUACGAUUCCAAACUUCGUCUAUGUUGGCUUCACAGCUGCCACUGGGUAUUUCACAGAGAGCCAUCAACUUCUCAGCUGGAAGUUCAAAUCUACGACAAAACUGGGAGUUUAG